CAUGCGCGUGGAUCGACAAAAUUACAUCGCAAUUAAAAACGAUGAAAAAAUWCACGAAAAGUCCAACUUAMAACCUUCUUUUGACGACCAUAUAGCAAGAAAUACACUCUAAAUCAUGGCUUAUUGGAAAGAGCUGAAUACCGUGUGUCUUGUCGUAUCAUUUGUGUUGUUAUUUCAGCUCUUUACCUCGGAAGCAGAGGACGACAACAUCUGUGCUCCUCGAGGACGAAACUGCUCAUGGUGYYUGAGUGAUGGCAACUGUGGUUUCUGCGAUGCUUGUGGAGACCACUGUCAUAAACCUGGGGCCAUUCACUCAUUAGAAAACUGUACAAACUGUGCUUCUUGUAUUCCUGGGACGCUUGGGGGCUCAAAGAAAGGAUUUGACUGUAGGACGGAGUGGUACUAUUAUGARAAGUGUCCUGAGAUUGUGAGUGAGCAGAAAACAGUUUAUGUGGAGAUAGCGUUAUAUCUAAUGAAUUUACACUCUGUGGAYUUAAAGGCUGGUACCUUUCACGCAGACUUUUAUCUCUAUUUUAAAGUUCCACCGGGUCAAACUACUUAUACCAAACAAAAAUGUAAAGAUGGUCUGAAAAACACGUGUUUUGAGGUGGUGAACGCUGCUGGCCAGGCAGAGGUAUCGAGUCACGAAGGGAAAUAUUUCCGUGUUAAAUCAGCUUUUAACUUUGCUGCUGAUCUACAAAACUAUCCUUAUGAUAAUCAAACGUUAAGAAUUGUCAUCCAAGAUAUGGAAAUGACAGCAAAAGAGCUUAGAUGGAAAUUAAUGGAGGGAUCCGGCGACAUUGACUUCAAGUUUCGUAGCGGUGUUUCUCCGACUCUUAACUACACAGGCUGGUUGUUUGACACUAACUCCUGGUCACAGCUUGUAUAUGAAAGGUAUAAUCCGUUUUUAGACCAAGGCGUGUCAAGAUACGAGUUCUUGUUUCAUAUGAGAAGACAUAAGCGUGCAGCUUUCUUCAAGAUAUUUCUUCCUCCAUUGUUUAUAGUAAUUGUGGUUUGUUUUUCUUUUUCAAUUCCUCCAAAAGACGCAUCAAUGAGAUUAUGGAUUGAUGGUUCUCUCCUAGUAUCUGCAGUAAUGUUUCACGCCACGACCAACGAACAAACCCCAGAUACACCGGAUUUAACGUUGGCAGAUCGGUUUAUGGUCGGUGUUUAUAGUUUUAUCUUCGUGUCAUUCAUCGUUACCAUAGUUAUGCUACGGUUGCAGCGCGAGAAUCAUCAUCAUUAUGCCAACAUAUUUUAUAGUGCCACUGAAUGGCUGGUUUGGUUCACGGCCCCCAUGUUCUUUUUCCUGUUGUACUAUGUCAAUCUAUCACUAUAUCAUGUGUUUCCAUGCGAGAUAGCUGUAUCAGUUGUGGCGUUACUGUUAAAGAAAGGUGCUUCGUUCUUAAAGAAACGAUUGUCGCGAAUAUUGAAAUUCGAGGAUCCGUUAAAGAAUGGUGACAGAUUAACAUCACCGAUUAGUGUUGACUGGAAGAAGAAGAUGGUGAAUGACACUCACCCUGAUGACUAUAUCCCACUCCUGCAGAACGAAGAUGACUUCAAUGACCAGAUGACACAUCCACGACGUGCACACUGCAAACCAUGUUUCCCUGGUAACAUCAAUGAUACUGAUGAACACCCCUGCCCAAAACAACAAGUAACGCCUAACAAGAAGGCGUGACACAAAUGAAUAGAUAAAAGCAAAAACAAGUGUGCGUAAAAAGUAACAACAAGAAAGCGUUGCAUAAAUGGGUGAAUGAGGAUAAUAGCAACAUAUGUGCGUGACAGGUAACGCCUAGAAAGAAAGCGUGACCCAAAUGGAAAAUGGUGCGUGACAAGUAACGCCCAAUGAAAAGCGAGAUAUAUAGAGUCGUACUWUAAAGUUAUUUUUGACAAUUAACGCUUUUCUCAAGUGCGUAACAGUAAAUCACGAACCAAGAAUUAUUAGGAAUUAAUUAAAAGCAACUGUACAGAAUUCAGGAAUUCAUCCCAAGUUAACGCUCCACAAGAAAGCGUGACACAUGUGCUUCACCUUAGGAGUCAUGCACUUAUCAAGAAUGGCAAGAAUAACUUAGAAAAUGCUUUAUGUUGAGGAGGACAUUUUAGAUGCUGAACAAGAAAGCGUGACACAAAGUUAUAUGCAAAGAAGCGACGUCUUGUAAGAAUACUUGACAAGAAAUUAUGUUCAAAACUAGAAGUAAACAUUUUCUUGCGAGAAUAUUCAACUUAAGCAAUCAAAACUUGCCAUUGUAGCUUGCUGAACAGAAAUGCGUAUUCUUGGUGCACA